CAGGGUUCUCUCGUCCAUCUACAAUAACAAUAACAAUUGGAAAAUAUCAUAUUGCCCCCUUAACAGGAAUUGCUUGUUUGAAGCAGACAGCAAAGACUCUUGGAGGCGUGGCCAGUUAGGAUAUGGACCUUUGACGACAAAGUUGGCAACUCGGACACUUUCGUUUAACUAAAUGCCCACUGCACGCGACAAGAAGAGCAGAUUUGUGUCAAGGCAUCGAUGAGGGCACGUCUACUGGUAUCGAUGCUAGACUUUUCUCACAUUUAUGAAUGUCUGGGGACAACAUUUCAGCAGCGUCAAGCCAGGGAGCCAAAGACGAGGCUUAACUUCUCGCUCAAUUACCACCCCCAUCAACCCAACACUUUUCCAUUUUAUGCGAAAGUAAUGAAGUGAAUCAAGGAGAUGGCAACUAACGGUGGACUCAAAAGAGGCAAUGCUGCCAAUGUGUCGUAUGUUAGCAUAGUCGACGCAAUUUACGGCUCUGAUAACCGUUUUGAUCGCAAGAGAUCAUGUCCAUAUGAUGAAAUUACGAUCUGUGUGAAGACUCGGCGCCAUUUUGAUCCUCCGCUGCCCCAGAACUACAAAGGAAAGCAACUUUCAAUACAUUAGCACUAAAGCAGUGAGACACAGCCGCGGCGGAAGGAAAGCGAUCUCGUAUUUCCUGCAGUGCUCGCAAAGCUUGCUCGACAUGUUCGGAGCUCAAUUGCUCAAUGUAACGUUAAGAACAUGCAAAAUGCGAUCAACUCUUUGAGUGAAAAAUGUGUCAUUGAUGUGAAAAUACGCACUAGUUUCGCAUUUGAUCCUGAUCUUUUUCUUACUUUUUGGUUACAUUCGGGCAUGUACGACGCUAAAUUUGAC